CGAACGAGGUCCUUGGAGCGGGGAGAGCGUGGCGCGCUGAAUUGUGGGUCUUUCUCUUUCCUCUUCGGGAUCCGCGGUCGGCAAGAUGGGUAAGUGCCGUGGGCUUCGUACCGCCAGGAAGCUGCGCAGUCACCGACGAGACCAGAAGUGGCAUGACAAGCAGUACAAGAAGGCCCACCUGGGCACUGCUCUGAAGGCCAACCCCUUUGGGGGAGCUUCCCAUGCCAAAGGAAUUGUCCUGGAAAAAGUUGGUGUAGAGGCUAAACAGCCGAAUUCUGCCAUCAGGAAGUGUGUCAGAGUCCAGCUUAUCAAGAAUGGCAAGAAAAUAACAGCCUUUGUUCCUAAUGAUGGUUGUUUGAACUUCAUUGAGGAGAAUGACGAGGUUCUGGUAGCUGGCUUUGGUCGGAAGGGUCAUGCUGUUGGUGACAUUCCUGGAGUUCGUUUCAAGGUUGUCAAAGUAGCAAAUGUUUCUCUGUUAGCCUUGUACAAAGGCAAGAAGGAGAGACCAAGAUCAUAAAACUCUUUCUGAAUCUUUAAGAUGGUCAAUAAAGUUUUCUCAAAUG